AUGUCGGCUAGGCAGCGACGGUAUGGGGCAGGGGAAGGGGGAGACGAGGAUGGCGAUACAGGAAAGAUGAAGCGCUUCUAUACCCUAGUGGCAGGUGGGACAUUCUUGAUGUCCGUUGUUCUUGCAUGCACCUUGAUUCCUAGAGGCCACACCAUUGCUACUAUGAGCAACGAUGGCGAGGGUAAACAUGGCCCUCGGUUAGACUCAGCCAUCUCUGCUGCCCUGGAGGUUGCAAGCCAUCAACUCAAGCCAGAGCAAAUCAAGUUUUUUCGUGAUCGACAAGCAGCGAUUUCAGAGCAAGAGGAUCUCAAUAGGAAGUGGGAAAAGAAAUCAGUGGAACAUUUGGUUCGUUUGAUUCAGAAAACUACGGACAGCGAUCAACAACAUGAAGAGGACGACUUGCUUCGUUCGACUCCAUCUCAAAACGAUAUUGUCAAUGAAAAGAAACAUGUUGGUGCUCACCAAAAUCAGAACACGAGAGUAGAGGAAAGCUCUGCAUCAUUUGCAACUCGCCAGCCAUUGCAACAAAGCUUAGCGCAAUCCAAGACCGUGAAUGAGCAUGCGGGGGGGAUGGUCUCUCCUCAGUUCCAGGAAGACUUGGAGAAAAUGGCGCGAGAAAGGGCAGCUCGCGAGGAAAGGGAAGAGCAGUUUCUAAAGUUGCGCGAGGAAAAGCAAGCAAUCAAAGAAAACCGAUUGAAACUUUUAGCAAACGCCCGCAAAGAUUAUCAGCAAGCAAGGAAAGAAGUAGUGCAAGUGAAGGAUCGCUUGAAAGAUGCCUUGGCACAACGGGACAAGAUGACUGAGGCAGUGCGCAGUCAUGGAUUCUUGAGUGCAAAGGAGGCACUUCACCAACUCGCUCCAAUCAAGCAACAGGUUGAAACUUUGAUUGAUGAGACUGCAUCAGCACGGAAGAAGUGGAUUGCAGCAAAGCAAGCUCUCAAGAUCGCUGAAGCUAUUGAAGAAGACCCAAUUUCUUUGAAGUCUUCAUCGGUCGCAGCAAUGGAGGUGUAA